AUCCUCAUGGAUCCCCCACAUUUCAAAUUCCCGCCCGCAUCCCCUGGCACGCCUCUCUUCGCCGUCUCGCCCGAACGCGUCAACAGAACCCGUUCACCAUACACAAGCAGCAGCAGCGGCGGCCGACAUCUAGCUCAAUCGCCAUCCCUCCCGGACUUUGGCAGUGGGAGCGGCUCGCCGUUCAGCAAGCGUUCACAUGAACGGACCGACUCGGAUGCCCAUGUUCAGGGCAUGGUUGCGCGGUUCAACCACCUGGAGCUGAAGGACCACAAUGAGCAGCAUCGGCGUGAUGAGAUUGCUUUCAAACGCGCAGAUAUGGCGCGGGAGAUGGCCGAGCUUGAUCUGCAAAAGAUGACCGAAGAAAAGGAGGCCUCUGAGAAGGAAGGAAAGAGGUGGAGGGAGGAGGUCCGGAAGUUGAGAAAGGAGCUUGAAGAUGGGAGAGAUAGGGAGAGGAAGGCUAUGAAGAGGCUUGAUCGAUCCAAGGAGGUGACGACACAUUCAGCUAGUGCCUACGAGAAGGAGAUACGCCGCGCGAGAAAAGAAGCAUUCAAAUCAUCUACGAACCUGGUCAAGACGCAGGAAGAGCUCAAGGCGACGCGUAAUUCGCUGCGCAUAAUCCAGUCCGGGCUCGAGUCCGAGAAGAUGAAGUCAUCCAAGCGUGAGCAGGAGGCUUUCACUGCACAGUACCAGCUUGUGGGCAUCCAAGAAGCCCUUGAGAAAGCGCGCGAUCAGAUCAAGAUCGUUGAAGAGGAGCGCGAUUCACUCAAGACGAGCCUGAAGGAAGAGGAAGUGGCGCGCAUUGCCGCCGAGGGCAGAAUUGCUUUGCCGGUAUCUACUACGGAUGAAGACGAAGAAUUUGCCUCGCCAGUCAAGUCACCACGGAAGCCGAGAGUCGUCUGCGCGACCUCUGAUAGCGAGAAUAAGGAAAAUGUCGUUCCCAAACGAGCCAUCGAGCUUAAGUCGAUACAGGAGGAGCUUACGCUUGAGAGGCGCCUCCGGGAGCGAGCAGAGGACCAGAUCGUGUUCAUGAAAAUGGAGUGCCAAUUCCAGUGCUGUUCAUGCAGGCUGGCAGAGAUCCACGGCUCAAGCUACGUGCAUGAUAGCACAUACAACUCGGAGAUGGAGAGGAUCAAGGCUGCUGUUCCCAUCCUCACGCCUCCUGCAAGCAACCACGACAGCGAAGAGAUGGAAGAUGUUGUGGCAGGGCCACUCCAUGUCCCUGAAGAGCCAGUACCUGCUGUCCAAGAGCCAAUUCACCUCGAGCAGCAACGCACAGCCACUCCAAUUGAGCAGGAACUUGAGCAGGAAGCGGUGGAGGAGAAGGAGGAGUCGGAGCCACAACUUGCAUUCUCCCCAACCACCGGUACAUUCAAACCCAUUAGCAGCGAACAGAAGGAAGAAGCACCACAAGAGGCGUCAACACCAGCGCCUCCUAAGCGAUCUCAUCUCUCCAACAUCGAUGAAACAGCACUGGAGUCUUCCCCAUGGGGGCCCGGACCAGACCACUCCAUGAUCCGCACCUCAACCACCUCUCCUCCCCCCUUCCGGCCCACUCAGCCUAUCUCUACCCAGUUUCAGAUCCCUGAAGAAGUCAUUGAAGACGACGAGGAUGAUCUCCCCAGUGACCCUACGCCUUCUUCCCCUCCGCAGUCAGAGCCUCAAACUCCCCUCCGCGGGCCAUCUGCUCCAGCCACCCCUGCAUACCUCCUCCGCACUAUCACUACUACAACAACUAUCCCGCUCCACUUCUCCCCUGCCACGCCGCGCCACCAUGAUCUCCCGCCUACGCCGUCGACAAUCUCGCAUCUGCCGACCAACGCGACAUCGAGCCAGCCGCUGCAGCCGCUAGAGUUGAACCGGCUACCAAUUGAUCGCGAGGCCGCGCUUGAGCAGAUCAGACUCCGUAGAGGUAGAGCGAGGAGCCUAGCCAUGGGACAGGCGACGCCGAAAAAGCAGAUGCUGGAGGGAACAGGUGUGAGGAGGGAUAUCAGUGCGCCGGUAGGGAGGGCUGGAAGGCGAUAA